CUUGAACCAAGAAUAUUAUUGCUGGGAAUGCGGAGAGACAUUCAAAGAAUGUGAAGAACUCUUAAAACAUAAAGAAAAUUUACAUGAUCUCUACACCUGCAAAUCUUGCACGAAAAAAGAAAUGUCUCUGAUGGACUUUGAAUAUCAUCUUCAGAUUCAUGGUGGAUUCAAGAUCUUCAAGUGUAUCAUCUGUAGUGAAAAUUUUUCUUUUCUCUCUGAGCUAAAUGAUCACCUUCCUAAUCAUUUGUCCAAAGAUGACAUUUUGGAAAUAACUGAAUCUCCGAAAGUACCCACUCAAAAUGUUGAAGUAAAAAUUGAGAAAUCUAAAGAUGAACAAGCCAAUGAAGAUAAACAAGAUAAAGAAGCCAAUGAAGAGAAUUACUUUGAAGAUGAUAUUCCUGCUAUAGAAACUACUAAGAAAGAUGAAGAAACAAAUCCAUCUGAAUUAAUGGAACAAGAACAAGUUGAAAAGAAAAAACGAGGAAGGCCUAAGAAAGGCAAAUUACCAAAAAAUAGCAAAUUGCCACAUUCACUGUUGGAAAGAAAAUUCAAAUGUACUAAUUGUCCUUUUGCUGCAAAAACAUCUACAAAUCUUAAACUUCACUUUCGAAUGCACACCGGAAUCAAGCCAUAUGAAUGUGCAGUCUGUGAUAAGGCAUAUGCAGUAAAAAAAAGCCUGAUAAACCACCUGUUUAUGAAGCACAACAAGAACAAGAAGAAAACCGAAGUCUGCCAAAUUUGUGGAAAAGCAUUCUACUUUGUCAAAAGCUUGGAGAUUCACAUGCGACAGAUUCAUCCAUCUCAACGUGAAAGAUAUCCCUGUUUUGUAUGUGGGAAAACAUACGCAUCGAGAGGAACUGUGAGCACUCACAUGAAAAGUCACAUCAAACAAUCCGGAGAUUAUCCUUGUUCCAAAUGUAAUAAGUCGUUUGACACCCGCGCAGCAAUGCUUCGGCAUCUUCGUAACAUACAUAUUGAGCCAAGGAAGUUCCUAUGCAAUUAUGAAUCCUGUAACUUUGGUACAAUAUCCCGCGCAGUACUUCGGGAACACGAAAGGACUCACACAGGAGAAAAACCCUUCCAGUGCAACAUUUGCAAUACUACCUUUGCUAAAAAAAUUAGUGUUGAACGCCAUAUAGCGCAACGCCACAAACCGGCCACGCUUCAAUGUGAAUUCUGUGACAAAGUCUUCAAAAUCACUGCUUCAUUGAGACUUCACAUCCGGAGAGUACAUUUAGAGAGGAAAAUCCCAUGCCCUGUGUGCGAUAAGCGAUAUGCAUCGAAAAGAGACCUCACCAGGCAUAUGAAAGAUAGUCAUUCCGCAAAAAAGAAUAAAACAGAAAAAGAAUAAUAAAUACAUAUUCAAGAUCAU